GAUUGGGUCGAGGCAGUGCGGUUCUCUCUCUAUGGUACACUGUGCCCCCAUUUUAUUUUACACCGGUCGUCACAGACUAGCUGUCGCCUUCAUGUUUGGCUGGCCUUUAUUUCGUUUCAGUAUCUAAUCCAAAUUUUUAUAUUAUAAUUCGAUCCAAACUCGCCGACCGUGGAACCGUGUGGCAGCACAGACUGUGGAAAAAAAUGAGAUAUCCGGAUUUCAGAAAGAAUAAUACGUUGUUCACUUCUGUUCAUUCAUCAAGUGUCUCCGUGGAAAAAUAACAACCAAAAUCAGUCGAGUGUGUUCAUCUGACUGUUUUCCUUCGUCCUUUGAUUUCUCCACACAUAAAAUAAUUUCAGGUUCACUUGGCCAGACAUCCAUUUAAAAAGGAGGUGCUUUGCAUGUUUUCUGAGCAAUCAACGAGCUGAAUCGAUCGCCAUAAAUCACUAGCUAAACCUUGAUUGCCUUUUGUCUGCUGUUAUCGUCGACCAUUAUUACAUUGUGAUAUUCAUCACCACGGAAAAAGUUCAAAGACUCGACCAAUCGUCAUGACCAAUGCUGCAGUAUCAAUGAAAACCAGUUAUUUUGUGACCUAAACUUCGCUUCAUUGACAGCGGAAUCGAUACAAGCCAUACAUCAUAUAGUUCGAUCGAUACAUGGUUCAAACAACAAUGACCGCGUUCAUCAAUCAAAGUGACCCGAACAUCCUCAUUCCAUAUGUCAUAACAUCAAAGGAUUUCCGCGAUAAUUCUUCACUGCUGGAAGAAGCUCCGACUUUGACUACGAGCGCCUCGGUAAAGGCGACCGUCCUGUGCGUCAUGGCCGUCGCUUCUCUGAUUGGAAACUUGGCGACUCUAAUUAGCAUCGCCGUAUCGAAGAAGGGCACCAGCAGCUCACUGUACACUCUCCUUUUUCAGUUGGCCAUCUCGGACCUUUUGGUAAGCGUGUGGUGCUUAUCUGGCGAAGCCGCUUGGACUUAUACGGUCGAAUGGAAGGGAGGACAAUUCCUGUGUAAAACUUUCAAAUUUUCCCAGGUUUUCAGCUUGUACCUUUCGACCUCAACGAUGGUCCUGAUAGGAUUUGACCGCCUGAGAGCCAUCCGUCGACCGAUAAGCCAUCGAUCGUGUUUAAAGCCGAUCUGCGUCGCUUGGAUACUUAGCGCGGUGUUAGCUUCUCCUCAGUUUCUCAUUUUCCGUGUGUUGAGAGGGCCGUUCCGCGAAUUGUUUUAUCAAUGCGUAACUUACGGUUUUUACACCGAAGAAUGGCAGGAGCAGCUGUACACCGUCUUCAGUCUCCUCACCAUGUUUGUUAUCCCAUUAAUAGUCCUGAUUGGUUGCUACGUCUGCAUCUUCUGCACAAUUGCAAUAGAAAAAGAGCGCGCGUUCGUCAUCCGCGCGCCGCAUCCGUCGAUGGAGCGCUGGCCGGCCGAGAGCGCAGCAGUGUCUCAUUUCCGAACGAGAGAUCAGCAACAUCGCCAGCAUUCUCCGCAGCGACACCAGCACACGAGCUUUAACAGGCGACGCAACAACAUCUUCAAAAGAGCAAAAAUGAAAUCGCUGCGAAUUUCUAUCAUCAUCGUCACAGCAUUCGUCAUCUGCUGGGCUCCGUAUUACUUCAUGAUGAUCACUUUCAUCUUUCUCAAUCCUGACGAUAAGUUGGGCGAGGACAUGCAGUCGGCCAUAUUCUUUUUUGGCAUGAGCAAUUCACUUGUCAAUCCUCUCAUCUACGGAGCCUUCCAUCUAUGGCAGCCCAAUAUCGGCAGAAGUCGAAAGCUUCCCGGCUCCUUCUCCACUGCCUUUACAGAUAGUGUACGAGCAGGACUAAUAGUCGGACAAAGGCGUCGCCCAGCAGAACCAGCUGCCGACAAUGCUGUUGAGGUACAUCCGGAGCCGGUGGACUCCGCCUCGAUUCACAUGACGCACAAGCGCUGCUCGUUGCAUCGUCAAAAUCGCCCGCAUCCAUGCCGAUAUCGGACGUCCACAACUAGCUUCUGAAUUGCAGCUGAUUUUUUAAUUUGCCUCGGCCUAUAUACCUAU